CGGAACGUCCCACCUGUACGGUACAGUGUACACAGACAAGAUGGCAGCUUCAUUGGAAGACGAAUUCGAAGAUGCGCCUGAUGUGGAGCCAUUAGAACCAACCCUGAAGAAUGUAAUCGAGCAGAAAUCGUUGAAGUGGAUAUUUGUGGGUGGGAAGGGUGGUGUUGGUAAAACGACGUGUAGCUGUAGUUUGGCUGUCCAGCUGGCUGCAGUCAGGGAGAGCGUCCUCAUCAUCUCUACAGAUCCUGCCCAUAACAUCUCUGAUGCUUUUGACCAGAAGUUCUCAAAGGUGCCAACAAAGGUCAAGGGCUAUGACAACCUCUUUGCAAUGGAGAUUGACCCUAGCCUGGGUGUGGCAGAGCUGCCUGAUGAAUUCUUUGAGGAGGACAACAUGCUCAGCAUGGGCAAGAAGAUGAUGCAGGAGGCCAUGAGCGCCUUCCCUGGGAUCGACGAGGCAAUGAGCUAUGCAGAGGUCAUGAGGUUAGUGAAAGGAAUGAACUUCUCAGUGGUGGUCUUUGACACUGCCCCCACUGGCCACACACUGCGGCUGCUUAACUUCCCCACCAUUGUAGAGCGCGGACUGGGCCGCCUCAUGCAGAUCAAGAACCAGAUCAGCCCUUUCAUCUCCCAGAUGUGUAACAUGCUUGGUCUGGGGGACAUGAACGCAGACCAGCUGGCCUCUAAGCUCGAGGAGACUCUGCCAGUCAUUCGCUCGGUCAGCGAGCAGUUCAAAGACCCGGAACAGACCACCUUCAUCUGUGUGUGUAUCGCUGAGUUCCUCUCCCUCUAUGAGACUGAGCGGCUGAUCCAGGAGCUGGCUAAGUGCCGCAUCGACACACACAACAUCAUUGUCAACCAACUUGUGUUCCCUGAUGCUGACAGGCCAUGUAAAAUGUGUGAAGCCCGCCAUAAAAUUCAGUCCAAGUAUCUAGACCAGAUGGAGGACCUUUAUGAAGAUUUCCACAUAGUCAAGUUGCCGCUACUGCCCCAUGAAGUUCGAGGCGCCAGUAAGGUCAACACGUUCUCCAAGCAGCUCCUGGAACCCUACAAACCCCCAAACAAGUGAUUUCCCUUCCUGCAGCCCCUCCCAGACCACACCUCUGUGUACAGCCUGAACUCACCUUAACUGAGCUCCCCACCAAACAGCCUCAAGACGACCCACUCAGUCCCCAGCCCGUCAUCCAACGCAGAGCGGCCUACAAGACAUACGCCCUUAAUGAAGGGAAGUCCAUGAAAUCACAAACACACACGUACAUGUUCUCCUAUAUUGUUAGAGAUAAAACGGUGCAGAUUUGUACCCUCGCUUCAACUUCUCCUGUUUUCUUAUUCUCGUUGUGGCAGUUAUACAGUUCCUCCUUCAAGCAUUUAACUUUUCUUAACGUAAAACUCCGCCUCCUCAGACCUACAAUGUCCAGCCUCAGUUGUGACAAACUAGUAGAUUCAGAGACAGUGGUAUAAUCCAGGAUGGGUGAUAUUUAUGCCAUAUUCAUUCUGUCUGUUCUGCAGUUUGACAUAUAACAAAAUUUCCCAAACCCAUCAAUCUCACAUUAGUAAUUUCUAUUCAGAUUUCUACAGAUUCAGGGUGUGACGGCAGGGCAAUGAAAAAAUACACUCAAAAAAAGAAAAGAAAAGGAUAUGGCCUGUGGUCGCUAGUAACUUUUUUCUUAUUGAAAUAAAAAAAAGAAGUCUAAAGUAAAGCAGCCUGAAGUGUGUCUUUUCUCAUUAGUCACAUCAUUAGACAUCAUCAUUCCAGGUGAUUCUGGUGUCAAUCCAGUUUACUCAGUAGGGGAGAUUUUGAAUCCCUGUGCUAUUUCCUGAGCUCGACAGUAUUAAUAGCCUGUGAUAGAUGUUUUAAACCACUGUGCUUGCUUCAGGUGAUGGAGGCAGCACCAGUGUGGAGACAACAUGUGUGGUGAGACUUGAUGUUUUGACUGACUGGAAGCUAAAGAGUUACCUGACACUGCUGAACGCCCAGUAAAAGUUCCCAUACAGUGCUCAUAACAUUCAUCCAACUGUCAGACAUUGUGUCCAUCCCGUUCCCUGAGAACUAUAUGGGAACACCGAAAGACAUCAGUAGCCUUAUUUAGUGCAUCAUUAAUCAAAAAUAUGUUGAAUGUUGCUUGACAAAACGUUGACCAAAAGAAUGGCUAGUAAAGAGGUCUUUGUGAUUGAAUACUGAAUGUUGUUGUUUCUCAGCAGAAAGACCUAUAAGGCUGGCUAUGCCAGGCUGAAGUAAAGGCAGAAUUCCUUCUCUGUUCCUGAGUGUUUUUGAGUCAAUAAGAAUCUGUUUCUAUGGAUUUUUCUUCAAAUUAUACUGCAAGUGUUAAUUAAAGCUAACUUGCCUCAG